CAGUUGAUUGUUGAUUAAUACACCAUCAACAGUGCAAAAGUCUUGGCCGACUAUUUCCCCGCUCGGGAUGGCGCGUUGUAACAAUAGAAUAUGGGUAUAUAUAUAUUCCAGCAGUAUCUCAUUCUCGGUUCUAUCUUCAAGUUUGAGCCGAUAUAUAUCCUGUCACAUAGAAACAAAACCUCAGACACAUACGAAAGCCCAUAUCGCAAUGGCCAUGCGCUUGUUCUUGUUUGGCCUGUCGGCUGCAGCAGUCCUGGGCCAGUCACCGAGCUACGACUGGGGACCAAGUCUCGACAUUGGCAUUAUCCUGUUCCCUGGCUUCCAACCUCUGGAUGUCAUCGCCCCAGCCGACGUCAUGAUGGCCCUCUCCGGCAGCGUCAACAUGACCAUCUCCUUCAUCUGGAAAGAAGCCGGCCCCGUCUGGGCCCGCUCGCCGCCGCGCCUCAACCCCGCGCCCCCGAACCCAAACAUCCCCGCCGGCGUCUUCCCCAUCCAGGCGCCGAGCUUCGUGGCGACGCACUCGUUCGCCGACGCGCCGCCGCUCGACGUGGUCCUCGUGCCCGGCGGGGCCGGAUCCCGGGUGCUGCACGACCACAACGACACCUCGGUCGAGGACUUUGUAAAGGAGCGCUACCCCACGCUCAGGUACCUGCUCAGCGUCUGCACGGGGUCCGGGUUCCUGGCCAAGUCCGGGCUGCUGGACGGGCGCCGGGCCACCACCAACAAGGCGGCCUGGUCGUGGCCGACGCAGUUUGGCACCAACGUGACCUGGGUCCCUACUGCGAGGUGGGUCGAGGAUGGGAAUAUCUGGUCUAGCUCUGGUGUUUCUGCAGGCAUCGAUAUGACGUAUGCCUUCUUCUCCAGAAUUCUCGACCAGAAGCUGGUGGAUAGGACCAUGAACAAUAUCGAGUAUGCGCCGCAUCUGGACGAGCACUGGGACCCGUACUCUAUUGUGCACAACGUUCCCGGUGCCGACCAGUCUCAAUCCCUGGGGGAGUGUGUUGGCCCAGCUGGCUAUGAAUUCACCUGCAACAAGGAGUGAGCUUGAAUCAUUCAACAUGCCAAUACCUGAUUCAGGACUACCGCCCUUUUGUAGCACCACAGCGGAGGUUGCUUUCUUUGCGCCACAAAGACUUUGCGGGCAGACCAACACAAGAGUUUUUCGACUUGAUUACAUCUCAGCCUGGCUAAUGGUUUGAAAAGCCGAUUGAAUACAUCCAACAAUGCCUGUUGAAUUACACAAAAAUUGCCCUCUCUGGCCCCCAAGGGCCCACACUGCUAUUGACCCACACAUUCAGGCUGCGAUCAGGUUGGGUUCAGUUGUGAUCAGUCUCGUUCAGUUACAAUCAGUCAAUUGACCCAAAAGGGCCUGAAACUGUGGCGGUGCGAUGAGGAUUUCUUUAGUGAUGCAACUUUUCGCGAAAGAACACUUUUGGUCCAACAGGGCCCGAAAUGGGACUUUUAGGUCCACAAACUUACCCAACCAAGGCCCAAAUCAAUUCCCGCGCCAUUUGAAAUAAAACCCAGUUUCUGUCCUGAGCCCAGUUUUGUUCCUUCUCUUUUCCGAGUGUCUUCCCAGUUUUACAUCUCUCACACAAAGAAACAACCAAAUUUUUCGCCACUUGUAUCUUACACCCGUCUCUUUUCUACAUCCUGCC